AUGGAGGAAGAGUUGGGGUCCAUGGAAAGCCAGCCAGCGUGCGACAUCAUCUGUGGGGACUGGAAUAUGGUUAGACACCGGGCCGACACGAACGGUCGAAGGCUUGCGCAUCAGAACGACUUGGGCGCAGAACGGCAUGUCAUCGAGGCACUGGCGGCCAAUGAAACAGUGAUGGUGGACGGCUGGUGUUUGGUACACCCAAUCACGAUCUUCGACACCCACCAGAACACGGCGAUGAUGGAAGAGAGGAUGGAGGUCAAGGAUGGGAGCAAAGGCACAGAGACCGAGCCCGAACCAACCACCUUCGAAAUUAUUUCAUCCUUCAUCCGCAUCCUAGCUGACGGUCAUUUCUUGAUUGCUUUCAAGCCUACUACUAAGAAUGAGUCGUUUGAUCAGCUAGACUUCCUGAACGCAUGA